GUUCAAAUGGGCUGCUGAAGUUGCUCAUACGUUUAAAUUUCGUAAUCUCAAUGGUUUAUGAGAUUUCACAAUCAGCUCGUAAUGUAUUUUUUCUCGUGAUUGGAAAACGAUAUGCGAUUCCGUUAUCGAUAAUAGGCAAAGUACCGCGGGAUUUCAGAUACCUACCUUCCCGACGUCCAUUGUCAAAUCACAACUUUACCGCAACAGAUGGAGAAGUUAUCGUUCCCUCGCGGUGCGGCCAUGUUGACGAUGCAUUUUUACACCAAGUUCUGCAGUUAAACACUCGGCUUGAACAGUUAUUCGUUUUGCCUGCAUCGUCCUUGCGAUCAAAUGCUUCUCAAGUAUCCUUGCCAACGAUGUAGUGCCUCUACAUGGAGAGGAGCCCCAACAUUUUCGAAGACCGACUAAUUCUAUCAAUUUGUAUGCGUCUGGUGUGUGUUCAUACACAUUUGUUGUAUCCAAGCAGCAAAGGUCAUGCACCUCCUACCAAUGCGCAGGUGUCACGAUGUUUACCAAGAAAAUUUGGGACAUUUUUUUCCUUCUGAUGCUUGAUAUAUUUGCUGACUUUGCGAUAGCGUUCAAUUUUUCAACAAUCAAUUUGCCGAAAAAUCAUCUCAAGUAUUAUUUCAAUUCGUUUCCGGCGUUGGAAAAGGAGUGCUUAAGUGAUCCAGAGUGUCCUUUUAAGUCGCACUUGGAUCAAAAUGCAUGUUGGGGCUAUGAGCUAGGUUGCGAUGCUGAUAACGCGUUUUCUAAGGCUCGUUGUCCAGGUGAUCAUAAAGGAUGGGUCAGCUCCAAGAAUGCGCAACUAAACACUUUUUACGCUCAAGGAGAUUUCGGAUACAUUCGUCAACAACGUAAAGAAAUGACGAUGCUGUGCGAACCUUUGUUUAUCGACGAUUCAUCUUUGGAAUGUUCCGAGCACAUGCGAUUUUGCCGAGGACGAAAUAUCAUGCUCAACUUUACAAGUUUAAAAAAUAGAAGUGAACCUCUGCGGUAUAAAAUGGAUGUUCUCAAAGAAGGUGAAAUUGGGGGAUACUGCACACUAGAUAAAGAUAAACUGAACGCUAACGCAGAUCACAUAAGCCCUCUGCAAUCUUGGGGACCGGAACUGAGAAAUUUUCGAAAGUUGUCUCGGAAACCAAUCCCAUCAGGCGAUUGCGACGUUGUUAUUGAGAAACCCACAUACAUACUCAAAAUUGAUGCAGCCGUAAAUAUGUACCAUCAUUUUUGUGAUUUUUUUAAUCUCUACGCGUCGUUACAUGUCAAUCUUUCACAUCCAAAUGCAUUUAAUACAGAUAAUAACAUCUUGAUCUGGGAAAGCUUCAAUUACCGAUCGUCAUUUCAAGACACCUUUCAGGCGUUUACGAAUAAUCCACUUUGGGAUUUAAGAACUUUCAAAGGAGAAACAGUUUGUUUCAAGAAUGUGGUUUUCCCUCUGCUACCUCGCAUGAUAUUUGGAUUGUUUUAUAAUACACCAUUGAUUUAUGGCUGUGAAAAUAGCGGGCUAUUCGCAGCCUUCUCAGAUUUCAUACUUCAUCGACUUCAAAUACCACUUCAUGAAAGAAAUAAUACUAAAAUUCGAGUGACUUUGCUUAGUAGAGAAACUCAGUAUAGAAAUAUUUUAAAUGAAGAUGCCUUGGUGGAAGCCCUAAAGGCUAAACCUGAAUACGAUGUUCAAAGGGUGGUUUACAACAAAAAUAUACCGUUCAAAAAGCAACUUGAAAUCACACGAAACUCGGAUAUAUUUAUUGGAAUGCAUGGAGCCGGUUUGACACAUUUUCUAUUCUUACCUGAAUGGGCUGCUGGGUUUGAGUUGUACAAUUGCGAAGAUGCAAGCUGCUACAAAGAUUUGGCAAGAUUAAAAGGAAUAAAGUACAUUACAUGGCAAGACAAGAGUAAACUUACGGAGGUCGAUCCGGGAACUUAUCCACAUGGUGGUGCUCAUGCUAAGUUCAUCAAUUACAAAUUUAAUGUUGACGAAUUCGUAAGGCUUGUGCACGAAGCUGAAAAACACGUGAGAAAUAGUGAGUCUUUCAACAACUUCAUGAAAGGUCAACAUUUUAAUCAAAUUAAAACUCAAGAAAGCAGCGGGAAUAUAGUUAAAGAAGAAUUAUGACGUUUGUGAACGGAGGCGGGCGGUAAUUAUUUUCAAAAAUAAAUUUGUUUUGUAAAUGCAUCGAUUUUAAUCAGAAAUUUCGCAAGUAUUGCAAUAUGAAAAAUAUUUUCAAUGAGACCUAGAAAAAUAAAUUAAAAAUAAUGAUAACAGGAUAAAUUAACCGAAAAUAACCGCCGUGUCUCCACAUUAGUUUUAGUCACUGGCGAAGCACGUAAAUAAAUAUAUAAAGGGAUUUGUAGAUCCAGGAAAAAAAACUCUAUUCAAUUUUUACGUGCUUUGUCAUUCCAGUGUAGACUGAUAAAUACUAAUCAAAUGUAUGAAAAUAUUAAUGAUAAUUUUUCCAAGACUUCAAAAUACUUUGUUUGUUAAGUAAUAGUUAUAGGUACAGUUUGAAUGAGUGAUAGCACUGAUUAAUUUAAUACUCAUUGUUAUAUAUAUUUUUUUUAUAAAUAUACAAAUUUUAUACAAACAGA